AUGACAUCGGGCCUAUCUGAUGAAUUAGGUUCAUUAAAACUUAAUGAUGAUCGAGCACGGUUAUCAACGAAUUCAACUUCUCGUCGUAAUUAUGCCUCUGGUCACAAUCAACGUCAUAGUUUACAUUCAAGACGAGCAGCAACAAUUGAUCAUGAUAAUCGCGAUGAAAAACUUCGUAUUGUUGUACUUGGCGCUACUAAAGUUGGUAAAACAUGUUUAUGUCAACAAUUUUUACAAGAAAAAUUUGUAACUGAUCAUAAAGAAACUGUUGAUGAAAUGUAUAGUGCAGAAAUUGCACUUGCCGAUCGUCAUAUUAUAUUGGAGAUAUUAGAUACAGCUGGUAUUGAUGAAUUUCCAGUUAUGAGACGUCUUGCUAUAGCUCGUGGAGAUGCAUUUCUUAUUGUUUAUGCUGUUAAUGAUGCAUAUUCAUUUGAUAUAGCUCAAAAAAUGCGUCAACUUGUUCUUGAAGUAAAAAAUGACUUAACACCAAAUUCUAUACCAAUGGUUAUUGUUGGAAAUAAAUGUGAUGUUGAUAUUAAUUUACGUGAAGUAAAUCAAGACUAUGUUAACAAUAUUGUACGUGAUCAAUGGUCAACAGAUCAUAUUGAAACAACAUGUCAUGAACGUGAAUCUGUACUUAAUGCCUUCCAACGUCUGUUGAAUAUGGCUAAUAUUAGUAUAGCACAUAAUCCUGAUUUAACACGUCGUUCAUCCGAUCCAAAUUUAUCUGCCCACAAAGAACAACGCAGCAAUCAUAAACGACAAAGUUGUGCACAACAAUAA